CGAAGGUGCAAGUGUGUCACUAUUUGCGAAGCCUGACGGACUCGGGAGAGUGCAGGGCCCUGAUCUAACGGCCUUGCCGGGCGCGGCGCCCCACAGAACAAGUCAUGGAAGAAAGGCCUUCUGGAAAGAGAGAAAGACUGGGGAGCAACAGCAGGGGACGAGCCGACGAGGAGGAGGAGGAGGGAGAGCGAGGCCCCGCAGGACGUCAGUGCGGACGGCUCCCCAGACACAUUACGCACACCACCCUCCCUGGAUUUGAUACGAGGCGCAGCUGGCUGGCCGCCCAAAGAGGAAAUGGAGGGAAUGGAGGGAAUGGAGAAGCGUCUCGGCGUCCUGAGGUUGGCGGCCGCAAGGAGCAGGCACCUUGUCGUGGGGGUGGGCAGGUUGUUGGUGGGCUUCUUGUUACCUCCGUUGCCAAUCCCAAUCCAAUGCCCAGUCGCAAUGUCAACCAAAGGUCCGAGAGUCGACCGGAUGCGAUCCAUCACUGUCGUCGCAGUCAUCAGGGUCGUCGGGUCAUCACACGGCGAUCAUGCAAAUUGCCCAAAGGCACAGGUGUCCUACCAGAUGCUCGGAACUCUCCUGACGGCAUCCCUACGGCAUCCCUACAUCGCCGCCCAAGACGGCUCGCACCUUGUGAUGGUGGGGUAGUAGAAGAAGGAAAAAAACGACGAAGCGGAAAAUAAAGUGCUGGACGCGUCGCGCGUGGCAUUGAUAUGACGCGUGAGGUGCUAUACGACGGCGUGCGGCGGGAGGCAGCCUGCGAGCGCAUGAGCCCCGAGGCGAGCGCGUCUUCGUACGUUGUGCGUUGUUGCAGCGAUGC